AAUCUUUGUAGAACAGCUUGGGGAUGCACAUCAUGGUUUCUGAAAAAUGGGUUGUGGCAGUUUUUCUGCUGCAGCUUUGCUGGACUGGCUGUGGCUUCUGCAGCAAGGUCCUUGUGUGGCCCUGCGAUAUGAGCCACUGGCUGAAUCUAAAAACUAUUCUGGAGGAGCUUGCAGCAAGAGGACAUGAGGUAACCGUCCUGAAAUACCCCAGUAUCAUCAUAGAUCAGAGUAAACUUUCCCCACUGCACUUCGAGAAUAUUCCUGUGCUAUAUAAAAAUGAGAUUGCUGAGAAUAGUCUAAAUGAAGUUGUUAAUAUAGCUGUGAAUGUCAUUCCAAACCUGUCACUGUGGAAAGCAGCAAGAACAUUGCAAGAUUUAUUUCUUCAACUGACUGGAGUUUUUGAAGAUCUUUGUAGGAGUGUGUUGUAUAACCAGACAUUCAUGAACAAGCUACAGGAUGCGAAAUAUGAUGUAGUGGUUAUAGACCCCGUCAUUCCCUGUGGAGAGCUGGUGGCGGAAGUGCUUCAGGUCCCUUUCGUAAACACACUGAGGUUCAGCAUGGGCUACUUCAUGGAGAAACACUGUGGCCAGCUUCCAGUUCCGCUUUCAUAUGUACCGGUUGUCAUGAGUGAAUUAACAGACAAUAUGACCUUUACAGAGAGGGUUAAAAAUACAAUGCUUUCAUUGUUUUUUGAGUUUUGGCUCCAGCAAUAUGACUUUGCAUUCUGGGAUCAGUUUUACAGUGAAACUCUAGGAAGACCCACCACAUUCUGUAAAACUGUGGGAAAAGCUGAAGUUUGGCUAAUCCGAACAUAUUGGGAUGUUGAAUUUCCUCGUCCAUAUUUACCAAAUUUUGAGUUUGUAGGAGGACUUCACUGCAAACCUGCCAAGCCUUUACCUAAGGAAAUGGAAGAAUUUGUUCAGAGCUCUGGAGAACAUGGUAUAGUAGUGUUUUCGCUGGGAUCAAUGGUCAAAAACCUGACAGAAGAGAAAGCCAACCUCAUUGCUUCAGCCCUUGCCCAGAUUCCCCAGAAGGUUUUGUGGAGAUACUCAGGAAAGAAGCCAGCCACAUUAGGAUCCAAUACUCGGCUUUUUAAUUGGAUUCCCCAGAACGAUCUGCUUGGACAUCCUAAAACCAAAGCUUUCAUCACACAUGGUGGAACAAAUGGAAUUUACGAAGCCAUUUACCACGGUGUCCCUUUGGUUGGGGUUCCAAUGUUCGCUGAUCAGCCUCACAACAUCGCUCACAUGGAGGCCAAGGGAGCAGCCGUAAAAGUCAACAUCAACAAGAUGACAAGCACAGAUUUACUCAGUGCCUUGAGAGCAGUCAUUAAUGAGCCUUCUUAUAAAGAGAAUGCCAUGCGGUUAUCAAGAAUUCACCACGAUCAGCCAGUGAAGCCCUUGGACAGAGCAGUCUUCUGGAUUGAGUUUGUCAUGCGUCACAAAGGAGCCAAGCAUCUUCGUGUGGCAGCGCAUGACCUCAGCUGGUUUCAGUACCACUCUCUGGAUGUGAUUGGGUUCCUGCUGGCCUGUGCUGUGACUCUGACAUUCAUCAUUAUUAAAUGUUGUUUGUUUAUGUGUCAAAAAUUGUGUAUGAAAGAAAGGAAGAAAAAGGUGAACAGAAAGAAAAAGAACUAGCUAUUUUUAAGUUUGGGAAAGUUUUGAGUGACAGUUAUAUUAAUUCUAACCACAAGAAGCCUGCAACUACCCUCUUUAUACCUAUUUUCAAAUAGGCCAUUCUGUUUCAGAUUGGAAAUAAAUGUAAACAUAAAACAUGACAAUGAACUACUGAUGCGUUCCAUUCUUCUAUCUUGUAGACAUUCUCCUCUCACUCUCCUCAGAUAUGGGAACUGUGACUACUAAAUAUAUUCUAUAGAAAUUAAGGGAUAAAUAACAAUAUGCUAGACCUCUGGGAAGGCACAUAAUACAAAUGGUAUUGAUGUAUAUCAAGAUUUCUCAGAGUCAAUGUAAAAGCCUAUCUAUCAUAUUGUCUAAGUACCACCAAGGGAUUUAACAUAUGAGAUGAUAUUUUUCUAAUAAAAAUGAACUUUUCUGUUUCUCUAGUGUUGCAGAUAUUAAAGUAUGAAUUCUUUUUUUAUUUUCAAAAAUAUUUUUAUUGAAAA